AUGAGGUUUAAUCCCAGACAUAAAAUGCAAGGUCCUCCCCCUGGGCAACAUGGAGCUCCACCCCUGGGCCGUGUCAACCGCCUAGGCACCGGCAGGGGGAGCGGCGACCCCCUGGCACCCUCCAUCACGGACUUGGCACUGGCCGAGGAUGCCAACUCCCUCUCCAUUGACACCGGGCGGUCUGGGGGGGCGCGGUCCUCUCACGCCCCCUCCUUCCACUCGUCCAAGAUGUUCGAGGUGGAUUUCUGCCAGGGAUACGGACGCGUCGUGGUGGCCUACCCAGGGCGAGGGGAGACCUUCAGCGAGGGGUCCUUCUGGUUCGUCGACCUCUCCCUCCGGCCGCACUUCCUCGCCCAGGACACCAACACCUACUGGCGCCUCAUGCUCGCCCACCUCGGCAUGCCCCAGUGGCAGCCCCCUCGUGGCCGGGCUGGGACUCACGCCGUGGGCCAGGAGUUUGGAUAA